AUGCCGCUCCAUAUCUAUACCAGACGAGCUGCCGGCCUGCUUCCUCUCGCGGGAAGCUCCGCUGCAAGAGCUCAGUUCGCCCGCUCGAGUCAUCCUGCCAGAUUGCUCCCAAUUUUUUGCCGUGGUGUUUCCUCUACUCAUUCUGAUGAACAUCAAAAGAUCUUAUCGGAGAACCUUAAAGAGGCGGACCCCACCGUCUACAACAUCCUCCAGCAGGAGAAAAACCGACAGAAGCAUUUUAUCAAUUUGAUCCCGUCAGAAAACUUCACGUCGCAAGCUGUUCUCGAUGCCUUGGGAAGCGUCAUGCAGAAUAAAUAUUCGGAAGGAUAUCCUGGUGCACGGUAUUAUGGUGGUAACCAAUUUAUUGAUCAGGCUGAGAGAUUGUGCCAGCAGCGGGCUCUGAAGGCGUUCGGUCUCAAGGAGGAGGAAUGGGGGGUCAACGUGCAACCACUCUCUGGUUCUCCUGCGAACCUGUACGCGUACUCCGCGCUGCUUAAUGUCCACGAUCGUAUCAUGGGUUUGGAUCUUCCCCAUGGAGGCCAUCUUUCCCACGGGUAUCAAACACCAACAAAGAAAAUUUCCGCUAUAUCUAAAUAUUUCGAAACACUCCCGUACAGAUUAGAUGAAUCCACUGGCCUCAUCGACUAUGACAAACUGGAAGACAUGGCCCAGCUCUAUCGACCAAAGCUCAUCGUCGCUGGUACCUCCGCAUACAGCAGGCUCAUCGAUUACCCGCGCAUGCGCAAGAUUUCUGAUAGCGUCGGAGCCUACCUGCUCAGUGAUAUGGCCCAUAUUUCCGGAUUAGUUGCUGCUGGAGUUGUACCCUCCCCAUUUACACAUUCUGACGUCGUUACAACCACCACACAUAAAUCCCUCCGAGGACCCCGUGGCGCUAUGAUUUUCUUCCGCAAGGGAGUCCGCCACACAGACGCCAAGGGCAACCCAGUCAUGUAUGACCUGGAAAACCCUAUCAAUGCAUCUGUAUUCCCUGGUCACCAGGGCGGACCCCACAACCACACCAUUACCGCGCUCGCCGUUGCCUUGCAGCAGGCCACAACCGACGAAUUCAAAACAUACCAACAGACUGUGCUUGAGAACGCUAAGGCGUUGGCUGACAGGCUCGGAAAGCCCACCAACAGCGGCGGACUGGGCUACAACAUCGUUUCCGGCGGCACAGACAACCAUCUCGUGCUCGUAGAUCUGAAGAACCGCGGCGUAGACGGCGCGCGCGUUGAGCGUGUGCUUGAGCUAUGUGGCGUGGCAAGUAACAAGAACACCGUUCCCGGUGAUAAAUCUGCCAUGAAACCCGGCGGUAUCCGAAUUGGGACGCCGGCGAUGACAUCGCGCGGCUUCGGCCCAGAGGACUUUGUCCGUGUGGCGGAUAUCGUCGAUCGCGCUGUGACGAUUACGCAGAAGCUCGAUAAAUCUGCCAAGGCGGAUGCGGAGGCGAAGAAGAGGAAGAACCCUGCUAGCGUGAAGGCGUUCUUGGAGUAUCUUGGUGAAGGCGAGGAGAUCCCUGAGAUUAUGAUGUUGAGACAGGAGGUUGAGGACUGGGUGGGCACGUUCAGUCUGCCGUGGGCGGAUGAGGAGAGCUAA